CCGGUCGCAUGGAGCGAACUUCCUCGGAAAGACCAGCUUUUUAUCAUAACAAUGGCGCGGAUGAGCGAACCGCUUGUUCAGACUUCAUUACAGGCCUACAUGUUUUACCAGCUUAAAUGGUUCAACCCAUCGCUUCCCGAUUCAACAAUCUCAAGCCAAGCAGGCGUUCUGCAUGCCAGUUUCACAGCAGCGCAGUUCCUCACGGCUAUGAUGUGGGGUCGCAUCGCCGACUCGAAGCGCGUGGGACGUAAGACAGUCUUGCUGAUCGGCUUAUUGGGAACGAGUAUUUCUUGUCUCGGAUUCGGAUUCUCGACUACGUUUUGGCAGGCGCUGCUGUUUCGGACGAUUGGCGGUGCUACGAAUGGUAACAUUGGCGUUAUGAGAACAAUGAUAAGCGAAAUUAUUCGCGAAAAGAAAUAUCAACCUCGAGCCUUCUUACUCCUGCCCAUGACCUUUAAUAUUGGCGUCAUCAUUGGCCCUAUCCUCGGCGGUAUCCUCUCCGACCCGGCCGGUAGCUAUCCCAGCUUCUUUGGCAACGUCGCCUUCUUCGUCAAGUUCCCCUACGCGGCUCCCAACAUUGUCAGCUUCUUCUUCCUCUUGGCUGCUGCCAUUGCUGUCUGGCUAGGUCUCGAGGAAACGCUCGACGCUCUAAGAGAUGGACCCCCAGAUUUGGGUACUAGGUUGGGGAAGAAAAUCAUGGUAAAGUAUCGAAAGAGAUUCGGAACAACGCCUGAAGCUGAGGGAUACUCAGCUGUGCCGACAUCCGAUGUUGAGCUGGGAGAUGGGGAUGCUCCCUCCAUAAGGAAGUCGACAAAGAGAUACACCCAGAGGCUACCUUUCCGGCGGAUUUUUACACGUAACGUUCUCGUUACGCUGGUUGCGCAAUUCUUCCUCACAUUCCACGUCGGGACGUUCAAUUCCCUCUGGUUUGUCUUUCUUUCAACCCCAACCUCUGAGAGGGAGACUCGACUUCCAUUUUGGUUCACUGGUGGCCUCGGCCUGCAGCCUCGUUCCGUUGGUAUGGCCAUGGCUAUCUUGGGGUUCAUCGGCAUCAGCAUGCAGCUGUUCCUCUAUCCGAAUAUCUCCGCGCGUCUCGGCACCAUCAGAUCAUGGCGGUUCUUUCUGCUCUUUUUCCCAGUGGCUUACUUCCUCGUCCCGUAUCUCUCUGUCGUGCCUAGUACCACGCCGCCUCCUGAAGCAAAGACUGGUAUCCUGAUUUGGAUCGCGAUCUGCUGUGUUUUGUUUUUCCAGGUGACUGGGCGGACGUUUGCGCUUCCCAGUCAAGUGAUUCUCGUCAACAACUGUUCGCCUCACCCCAGCGUACUGGGAACAGUCCACGGACUUGGCCAGAGCGUAAGCAGUGCUGCCCGCACAAUCGGCCCCAUGGUGGGAGGUGUUGUGUACGGCUUUGGUUUGAACAAAGGCAUCAUUGGCCUUGUUUGGUGGGGACUUAGUAGUGUUGCUAUCUGUGCGUGUUUGACGAGUUUGGUUGUGAAAGAGGGCGACGGUCAUGAAAUUUGGCUCGAGGGCGAUGAGGAAGACGAACCGAGCGCA